CCACACGGCAAUUAAGGGAAAGGCGUUCGAAAUUCAAGUUGUCAUCGUUGAUACGUAAAUUACUCUAACUGCUUGGUGAGAAUAUAUAGUACACUUUACAGAAGCCAGUUAGUAUUUGAUAUAGCUGCAAGCCCCCUAUGUGAAGGUGGUGACAUUUAUCCGCACGUACCGUCUACAAGAAAAGCUAAGUCUCGAAUACUCAGCUGCAAUUGAACAAUCGAUUAAACAAAUAUGAGAAAGCUCGGCGAAUUACUGAGGGAUUUGGCUGAUCCUGAAAAAAUAAACGUGGAGAAUCUGAAUGUGAUCAAGUCGGCAUGUUCCGAUCAUUUACAUCAUAACCGUUUGGAGUUCUCCAGCUCACUGCAGAACAGUGAUCUUUCACAGCUAUUUGUCGUGCUGGCCAAUCUGAAAAAUGAGGAGAUCCAGCUUUUCUGCCAAAUCCUGCGAACACUUCUCGACUGUGUGCCCUGUCAACUAAUACUGACCAAAUACGAACGUUACAUUACCGAGGCGCUCCGAGAGCAAUGUAACGACGACAUACAGAAAUUGGUUCUGCAACAGCUACUCCGAUGUGCUCGCGAUGAAAAGGUGCGUCCCAAUCUAGUCGCGAAUACUACGUUACUGGCCUAUGUCAUCGAUCGAUUUGCUUCGAUGACUCUUAACGACUCAGUGAAGUCUUUAUUACUCGAGUUGACAACACAUUCGAUCGAUGCAUUAAAGAUUUUAUUCAGUGGCGAUCUGCUGCAGCGGCUGGAGGCUGUUCAACAGAAAGGAUCGGUGGAGAAUCUUCGGGUCUUGGAGCUGUUUUGUCAAGUCGCAUGCCAGUCCGAAGCAAACUGCAAGAAGAUGGCUCAGCUCCUUGACAAAGUUGUCGAAUCACUUAAACGAGAAAAGUCCGAUAUGCUCGUCCUGUUAAACUACAUCGAGUUACUGCGAAUACUCGUCUCGAAGCCAUAUACGAUGGAUUAUAUCCGCUCGUCGACUGCGGUUGAAAUUCUAAAGGACCUCCUAAGCCAUCCGGAUGAUCCAAACGCUACGUUUUAUAUGCCGGGCGUUCUCCUAUUUUUCGGCGAGUUCGGUCUUCACAACCCGAUUGCACUCGUACACGAGCACACUGCAGUAGUUAAAGUGAUUUUUGAAACUGCAAGAUUGGGCUCCCCGUUUGCUCCCACCGCGAUGGCGGCCGUAGGACAAAUCGCUCGGACUCGUGACGGCAAACGUUGCAUAGAGGAGAAUCUCUCACGAGAAAUGGCCGCGUAUAUGCGAGACAUCGGCAAGUGUCUUGAAAUGACAAAUUAUUCAGCCGAGCACAAGAUGUCAGCACUGAUUGCUGUACAGUCUAUUCUUGAGAUGGAGGAAUACGACCAGUUGGACGUAAUUACCUUGUCGGAGAAAUGGAUGUCCUGCCUGAGUACCACGCCGUUGGCUUUGCUGUGGAAAUGUGCGAAGACCCCAUUUCCAAAUGAGCGGCUGGCUGCAUUGCGGGUCAUGAAAAAUAUUGCGCUUCUACCUUGGGGUCGACAAGGUCUCCUUGAGCUACCCGGGUCUUAUGAAUGGCUGCUGGACAGAAAUACUGAACCGGAUAAGGCCGGCAAAGAAAUUAAACACGCUAUUGUGGCGGCGCUGCUGGAAGAAGCGAAUUCGAUCAAAGACGUUGCACAGGUCAAAGGCCUGCGAAAGUUCUACGCUGAAGGCCCCUUCUACUCGCCUGCAGAUGUGGCCAUCGCAACCGAAGGAGGUUCGUAAUGGACGCUUCGAUCUGGUGCCAUUAGCUUGUUCGACUUGGUUCAAGCCAGGACGGUCUUAUCAGCUGGAGCUGAUAGCAAAGCAAAAAGUAUACGUAUAAAAGAGAUUUUUCCCUGUAAAAGCGAUGGCUUACCUGACCACAAGAGUGGCUAAGUUGGUACCGGUGGCGUCGACACUGAGGUGACCUUGAACACACAUAGUUCGACUGCGCUUCCGGUUUCAGACAUUGUGUUCUAUAGUCAUCCAUGUUGUAGCUCGGUAGUGAAAUAAACGAGUAUAUACGUGAUACGUUUGUUACUGCUCAUA